UCGUCCACGGCCAUGGGGACACGUCAUGAAGGAGAAACUGCACAGGAGAAAGAAACUCGCCGAUUACGGCUACUCAAAGAAGGAGAGUGGGCUUGCCCGGAUCCUAAAUGUGCUCAUGUAAACCCUGAAUUCAAAAAUGCCUGCGAAACCUGCGGAAGACUUACAACGAGUAUGAGGGCUCAUAUAAGAUUGGAAAGACUUAAUUUUACAGAGAAACCCCGUUCAAAAAAUCGAGUUGGUAAGGAGAUCGGCAAGGAAAUGGCGGACAAAUCCAAAGGACUUUUUGCUGCAGAAGAUUGGGUGUGUUCAAAGUGUGGCAAUGUCAACUGGGCUAGACGAAAAACGUGUAAUGUUUGCAACGCCCCUAAAUUAGCCGAUCUUGAGAAAAGAACAGGCUACGGUGGUGGUUUCAAUGAUCGGCAAGAUAUUGAAUAUAUCAGACGGGAUACUGAGGAUGAGUUUGAUGAAUUCGGUAGGAAGAGGAAAAAGAAGGAUGAUCAAAACGCUGCUCCUGCGAAUCAGGUUAAUGAAUCAAAAGUCAUAGAUGAUGAGGUGAUGGAUGAUGAAGAUGAGGAGGAAGAGGGCGAAAUCGAUAAAUACAAACUGGGAAGCGAUGCAGAGGAAGAGGUGGGUUAG